AUGUCUCGGGCCCGCGCACGCCGCCCGUGGAGCGGGGAGGAGCAGAGGCAUCAGCGAGCCGCAGCAAGGCGCUUCCGUGCCACGCUGGCCGGCGCGCUGCCGCGGAGCUGUCUCACCCGGCUGUCCGCGGGCUGGAGCGCACCUUCGCUCGCCCUUCUGCGCGCCCUCGGCAACGUCAACGUCCUGACCUCGUCCCGGCCUCCCGCCGCGCGCAGUUGGAGCGGCGUGCUACGUAUGUAUCCGCCUGCAGGGCGCUGGGGCCGCCCCGCGACGCGCGCAGCAGGCGUUCCCGACGGUGCGACAGGUAGUUCUUUUUUACAGGCUCGCGCAGACGCUUCGGUUCCUUUCUGCCACGGGGAGAUCGCUGUCGCUGUCGUGGACGCCGGCUUUCCCGCACGCGGGCCUGGCGGCGAACUGGCAGGCUCGUCGAGAGGUGGGCUGACGCGCAGCCCAUGCAUCAUCUGGCCGGCUGCAUCGCCGCUCUUCACCAUCCACGGCCUGCCCACGCAGUUUUCUUUGUGA